AUGGCUCUGCAUCUCUCCAAGAUCACAGAUGCUAAUAGCAUCAUGGCGGCCCGAGAGGCCAAGCUGUGCAUCUUGCAGCUGGAGUACGAAUAUGAUCCAUGUUCAGACUCCCCAGAGAAGCUGAUUUGGAACCUGGAAAAAGAGGAGGUUCGAAUGUUCAGACACCAAGAAACCUCCGUGGACUUGUUGGCGCUCGAUCAAAAGAUUCUGUUGACUGGUGACUUUGAGGGCCUGGUCGACCCUGUUCAGACCUACUGGAAGUGUCGUGCUCCUCUUUUGUGGAUAUCAUCCAAUACAAGCUCUCUCAACCUCUCACAACUCCUAUUCACCGUCCUGAACGUCCUGGCCAUCAUGAGAGAGCAGCCAUCACCCUUUCACAGCAAAAAGCGCCUCGUCAGGCUGCUCGGCUUGAGAGAUUAA